AAGCGUGAGAGGGGGCGACGAAAGACCUCGCACCCGCGUCUACCGGCGACUAUCCGCUCAGAUGCACCUCUCUCUCUCUCUCUCUCUCUCUCUCUCUCUCUCACACACACACACACACACAUACACACACACACCCGCGCGCGCGCGAUGCCGGAGUAGUAGGGUCAGGGGAAAGAAGCGCUUUUGCUGACUUUCUAACGGAAUAUCUAAUACACAAGCGUUUACGCACAAACCUCCAUCGCUUUCUUUAGCGCGAACCGUGUCUCUUUUUGACCGUUUUUAAAGGAUACCCCUUUUUUCGUUUAAUGAAAGGUUGUUGGCUACCAGGCACAUCCAAGUCGCGAUCACUACGCGCAGCAUCAUGGAUGCGGUUCCUUACCGAAGUUGGCCAGCGUGCGAGAGCGCGAGCGCGGACUGAAAAGCGCAAUCGGGUUUGGCUCUGUUGCGAACUCAUUACUGUGCGUGUCAUUAUUCCUAAAUCCAAAUACACGCAUGAAGGAUCUCGUUAAACUGGAAAUGGCUGAUGAGCAAAUUUGGAGCACGAAUGGGACGCGCUCAGAUGAACUUUGAAUGGGGCUCUUUGUCGGGGAGAUGGGAGGCCAUGUUGAUAUCCAGUGCUGAGCGUUGGAGCCAGUGAAUCCUCUCUCAUGGCUUUAUGGGAGUUGUUGCUAUCUCUCAGCCUUCACUGCUGGCUGGCUUCAUGUGCCAGUUUAACUGAGGAAGGCCCUGCUGGACCCCUAGACUGGCUCCUCUCCGACAAGGGCCCCUUCCAUCACUCUCAGGAGUACACUGACUUUGUGGAGAGGAACCGCCAAGGCUUUUCUACUCGCUACAAGAUAUACAGGGAGUUCGGACGCUGGAAAGUGAACAACCUGGCUGUGGAGAGGAGGGAUUUCCUGGACUCCCCUUUACCCCUCACGCCCGAGUUCGUCCGCAACAUCCGACUCCUUGGACGCAGACCCUCUGUGAAGCUAAUUAGCGACAACCUUAUUAAAAAAUAUGGGACACAUUUCCUCCUGUCGGCCACGCUGGGAGGUGAAGAGGCUCUAACUAUAUUUGUAGACAAGAGGAAGCUUAGCAAGAAAGCAGAAGUGAGUGACUACACAAGCAACAGUACAGCUGUGACUCUGGAAGCACUCCACCAGCUGGCUGCCUCCUACUUUAUAGACAGAGAGAGCACACUGCGCAAACUGCACCACCUCCAGAUCGCCUCCACUGCCAUCAAGGUAACUGAAACAAGGACUGGCCCUCUUGGAUGCAGUAACUAUGACAACCUUGAUUCUGUCAGUUCGGUUUUAGUUCAGAGUCCAGAAAACAAGGUCCACUUACAAGGUUUGCAGGUAAUUCUGCCAGACUACCUCAGACAUACCUUUGUCCAGGCGGCUCUUGGUUACAUUGCCUGCAAUGGAGAAGGUGACUUUGUGUGUCGGGACAGUGACUGCUGGUGCAAGUGUGACCCAAAGUUCCCAGAAUGUAAUUGUCCCUACAUGGACAUUCAAGCCAUGCAAGAGAGCCUUCUUCGAAUAGCUGAAUCAUGGGAACUCCUUUACAAAGAAUUCAAGGAAUCGGAUGAGUUCAAGGCAUUCCUGAUGAGGUUGCCUCAGAACUUCUACCUCAACGCCUCUGCAAUCCACCAUUUAUGGCUGCUAGAUGGCAUGUUUCAACGGCGCUAUGAGCUCCUAGAGAGCAGCAUGAAGGGUCUGUACAGGAGGGCCCAGCGAGUUGUAUACAAACUCUUCAGUCUGAGCAAGAGGUGUCAAAAGCAGCCUGUUAUCAACUUACCACGUGAAAGGGCACGGUCAUACUGGCUGAACUACUUCCAGUCAUUACUCUACUGCUCGGAGAACAACCAGCUGGGCUUUUUCUCAGAGGAGCUGCACACCUGCAUUUGUGCAUAUGACCAAUUCUCAUGCCAGGCACCCACUCCAUGUUCUGUAGGAGAGGGUCCAGCUUGUGCAUCCUGUGCCAGUGACAACUACACUCGCUGUGGUAGCUGCAACGCCGGCUACAUGCUAAGUCAAGGAAACUGUCGGCCUAUGGUGGCCGAUUCCACUGACAACUACCUGGGCUUUGAGACUGACUUGCAGGACCUAGAGCUGAGGUACCUACUGCAAAGGGCAGACCGUCGCCUAGAGGUCCAUGCUAUCUUCAUUAGCAAUGACAUGCGCCUCAACAGCUGGUUCGACCCUUCAUGGAGGAAGAGAAUGCUGCUCACACUAAAGAGCAACAAAUACAAAUCCAAUCUGGUGCACAUGCUACUGGGGAUCUCCCUCCAGAUUUGCCUUACAAAGAACAGCACCCUGGAACCUGCCCUUACUCUUUUCAUCAACCCUUUUGGUGGGAGCCACUCAGAGAGUUGGUUGAUACCUGUAAAUGAGAACAAAUUCCCUGAUUGGCAAUCCACUAAGCUGGACCUUCCACUUGAGUGUUUUAACUGGACCCUGACUCUGGGCAACAAGUGGAAGACAUUCUUUGAGACAAUUCACAUUUAUCUGAGGAGCCACAUUAAAACAUCAGGUCCUACUGCCAAUGAGAGUGUUUACUUGGAACCUUUGGCAGACCCUUCCAGAAACUUGGGGUACAUGAAAAUCAACAGCAUACAAGUUUUUGGUUACAGUAUGCAUUUCAACCCGGAGGCAAUCCGGGACUUGAUCCUGCAGCUGGACUAUCCGUACACACAGGGCUCACAAGAUUCGGCCCUGAUGCAGCUGCUAGAGAUCCGAGACCGUGUUAACCGGCUGUCUCCACCAGGCCAGCAGCCUCUGGACCUGUUCUCCUGCUUACUGCGCCAUCGUCUCAAACUCACAGUCAAUGAAGUGGCGCGAAUCCAUGCUUCUCUCCAGGCUUUCAGCGCCCGACUCCCAAACCCUCUUGAUUAUGAGACAACCAAACUUUGUAGCUAACAACUAAAAGGUCAGACAUCUAGAAUAUGUUUACACACAGAGAGGAGACUGUGCAUGAAUAAAAGAAAUCACUUAAUUAUUGACUACAAUAUUGUAUAUCUUUCCACAUUCACUUCUAAACAAGUGUACUCAAAUCAACCAAGUCAGUUUUCUUGUAUGGAGCAACACUUAAAACAUUUGGUGGGACCUUUGCUAUAUAUGACUGCAAAUUUUCUAUGUUUUUUUUUUUUUUUGCUUUAGUGGCAGUGCACUUUCCUUAAUCAGAAUACAGUGAUGUCAGUAUGUUUUGUAGAUAAAUUGUUAUUAAAACUUAACGUAAUAUUAAUUAUUUACUAGUCUUCUUUUUUGUUUAGCUGUUCAGCAGUUAACAUACUGGGAAAUUAUGUCCACCUUUUUCUAUGGCAUAAUGAUAAUGUAAACGAGAUUAAACAUGACAUAAGUGCUUAAUUAAAUAGUAAUAUAACAGACUUGUUAACACAAUUACAUUAUGGCUUGUUGCGAUAAGCUUUCUCCUUCUGUCUGAAAGAAUCAGAUUUUUUUUUUUCAAAGAAAUUACAUUUGAUUAACAUUACAGAUCAUGUGUUUUUUUGACAAAUUAUCAGUGCUCACUGCCAUGGUGAAGCUGUGUUACACUUUCUCAGAUGUCUUGAUAUCACUUUAUAAAGAUGGGCCUUACAUUGCAUACACACACACACACACACACUCACACAAACCAAAUAAUGGUGUUGUAUUUAUUAAUUGUUGCUAUUGUUACUAUUAAUAUUGUUUUCACAUUGCCCUAAUUUUCUGUAUCGGUAUUACCUAAUUUGUGUAUCUUUUUUUGUCCAUUUCCCCUAUCUUUCUCAUUUUCUGUGUUGUUAAUGUUUGUUUUAUAUCUGCUUUACUUCUUGGUGUCACAGUCUGUUUUUGGGACCAUGUUAAAGCAUCUAAUAAGAUGAAGAAUGGUGGUGGGUCCAAACAGAUUUUGUCAUUUGUCUAUUCUCAUUUGCAUAUAUUAUUAUUAUUAUUAUUAUUAUUAUUAUUAUUAUUAUUAUUAUUUAUGUGUUCCUUUUCUGUGUGUGGUGUGUAACUGUACUAGUUAUAAGCAAAAGUUUGUGGACACUUGUCCAUUACACCCAUUUGUUCCUUCCUCAAGAUGUUGCAACAAAAUUGAAAGCACAUACUUCUAUAAUACAUCUUUCUUUGCUGUAGAAUUACAGUUUUUGUUCAGUAGAACUAAGGCAACCCAAACCUGUUUCAUUUGUACACAUAGUGAGCUAUUUUGAAUGCAUGUUUUGCCAAGGUUGGAGUGGAAAAACUCGAGAAUCCUGCACAAAGCCCUGACCUCAACCCUGCUCAACACCUUUGGGAUGAACUAGAAUGCUGAUUACGCCCCAGGCCUCUGCGCCCUAUAUCAGUGCCUGACCUCACUAAUGCUCUUGUGGCUGAAAGGACAAAACCCCCUAGCCAUGCUCUAAAAUCUAGUGGAGAGCCUUUUCGAAAAGAGAGGAGGUUAUUAUAACAGUAAAGGGGGACUAAGUCUGGAAUGGGAUGUUCAACAAGCACAUAUGGGUGUGAUGGUCAGGUGUCCACAAAUUUAGCUUCAACAGUGUGAAAAGAGGCUAUAAUUACAAAGGGAGCCUUAAACUGAAUGUUAAACUGAAGUGGUAACUUAGUGCCUUUGUAAACGUGUGCUAGAAAGUUUCAUAACUCCUCCAGGCAGUGCUGUUUCUUUUAGAUAAAAUCAUGCUUUUGUUUUAAUUCAGUUAUUUGAUUCACAUUUUGCUGUGGUGAACAGGUCAGGAGGUUUGCAUAUACCCUUCAAUUUCACCAUCAUUCUAUACAUCUACAGGUGAUUUGUUUCAGGCUGCUAAUGUCAAUAUCCUGGGAAAUUAUAUAGAUUAUAUAACGUAUAAGGCAAACUAGUGUGAAGUGAAAAGAGAAGUGAAAAUUGCAGGAAGGUAUGAUGAGUGACACAGAGAAUAUAGAUUAUAGAAUAUAUAAUAUUUCUACCAGAUCUUAUUACUGUAGCUGUGGUUUCUUCUUCAAUUCAUGCUGACCAGGGCUGCCAGUGUAACAUUUUACAUAGGAAACAUCGCUCACUGGCACAAUGACAUAGUGCAAACAAAUGAGCAAGAAUGAGCAUGGGCAUAAUUAGUGCUAAAAUGCAUCUACUAAUAACCAGCCUGCUACCUAGAGAGAAAUUAGUGGGAAAUUAGUGCUUGUCAGUAAUGCCAAAAUGAGUUAACAUGUUGUUUUCAUAAUGGCAAAUAGGAAAGUACAAAAUGGCUAUUACAAAGGUAAUCAGUCUUUCUCCCAGCCUGGAAAAAAAGAAGCAACAGAGAAAUGCACAUGAAAUAUACAAUGGUUCGGUUCACACAGUACAGCUGUGGCUUUGCAAAGACACUAAUUUUGGAAUUACAUGGAUGGUGGUCUGGAAAAACAUCAGGUAUAGCUAUUGCUUAAUUCUGGAAAGCAGCCAAUCAUUUACUAAUAUACAUAUAAUUAAUUAUAAUUUCGAUGUGUGGUUGGAACCCAACAUUGCUUAUCAUCUUGAGAACAUUAUCCCCACAGUGAAGCAUGAUGGUGGCAGCAUCACAUUUUUUGCAUGUACUUAGAAAGUGGUAAGAUGGAUGAAGCAACCAUUUUUUUUUGUAUUUAACCUGUGUGCCAAUAAAAAAGCAUUUCAAAUUAUUUUGCAUAUAUAUAAAUAUAAUAUUUAUCAAGUGAUGAAAACCCAAUUCCAUCCAUUCAGUGAUCCAGUUCCUAGUUCCUACAGUACAAAAUGUAAAACAGAUCAGUGUAAGGUACUGUACACUAGGUAGAAAAGUAGAGCUAAGCAUGCUGUUUUUCCUUUGAUAGAAUAAAAAAGUCGAACACGUCAGAAUUUGACCACGAGAAGGGUUUUUCCAGGCCACCACACAUAUUAUCUACUUUGUCAUUGAUUGGUCAAUGAAUAACUUUGAUUUAUUUCAGUUAUUUAAAUGAUCAAAUAUGUGAAUGUUGCUUGCUUUCUGCAUAUUU